AUGAUGAUCGGAGGCGCGUCGCGGCCGAAGCAGCUGCAGAACAUCGUGGAUCGGCCAAUGAGCCGCGGCAAGUCCGAGGUGAGUCUGAGUGCGCUGGCGUUUCUCUUCUCGGAGAUGGUGCAGUACAGCCAGACGCGGGUCAACAACAUCGCAGAGCUUGAGAGGAAGCUGGAGGACCUGGGGUAUGGCAUAGGGCUGCGCAUGCUAGAGCUGCUGGUGCAGCGAGAAAAGGGCAACAGGCGGGAGACGCGGGUGCUGGGAAUUCUGUCGUUCGUGCACAGCACCGUGUGGAAGGCCCUCUUUGGCAAGGUGGCGGAUUCACUAGAGAAGAGCACAGAGCACGAGGAUGAGUACAUGAUCAGCGAAAAAGAGCUGCUCGUCAACAGGUUCAUCUCAGUGCCUAGGGACAUGGGUGCGUUCAACUGUGGCGCCUUCGUUGCAGGCAUUGUCAAGGGCGUGCUGGACAAUGCGGGCUUCCCGGCGCGAGUGACAGCGCACUACGUGCAGGUGGAGGGGCAGCAACGGCCACGCACCACCAUCCUCAUCAAGUUCGCCGACGAGGUGUUGGCUCGUGAAGCCAGGCUAGGUUGA